AUGGAUUCCAGUACAGGAUACAGGCCUCCUGUUCAGGCUCAGGUACAAUAUGUGGUGGAGUGGUUUAGUGAAUGGAGCGAAAUGCAGCGCGGAGACUUUUUACCUGUAUUGGCUCAACAGUUUGCUCCUGCAGGUUACGUAAACGGAUUGGUAUCUGGAGUUGAAGGGCUCGAAUGUAGGGAUGAUCGACCACCUAGCUUGUUUCAGUGUCGCAUUAAGUUGUUUCGAGAAUGGUCAGAAAGUUGGGGAGUUGCCGAACGGGAACAACUUUUAAAUCAGAUAAAGGCUGUAGAUGCAGCUUUUGUGGGCAGAUUCGAAGAAGAAGCUCACUCCUUGCCUGGAAUAGGUAGAAUGAAAGUCUUGGGUUCCCAGCCAGACUCUUCUGAUUGUUUUGAACAGGAUGGUGAUGAAGGAGAAGCAGAUUGA